GCUUCUUUAUCCACACACGCUCCAUUUUGCAAAACAUACUUUAGCCAUGUCCUUCUCUGACCACAGCGAGGAUUCACACUCUCAGGACAAUCUGCAGGCCCACAGCUCACAUGCAGUUGAGCCAUACACAGCUUUUACCACCAUUCCUCGUGCAGCACCGGGAACCCCUUGCUGCAGUGUGAGCACACUUUUGCACCAGCCUCAUACUUCACUCUUUGUCACUUCAGCCACCAAAGUUGCAGACGGACUCACCGCUAGUUCUUAUGUUGCUUACACUAUCAAGCUCGGAGACAAUGAGGUCAGGAGACGCUACUCAGAAUUUGAAUCACUGAGGAAGGUGCUCUGUAGGAUUUAUCCAACGUUAAUUGUGCCGCCCAUUCCAGAGAAGCAUACUAUUUCCAACUAUGCAAACAUUCAGAACAAGAGCAAAGAGGACGCGGUUAUCGUGGAGAAGCGCAAGCGUAUGCUUCAGAAGUUCCUGAACAGAUUGGCAAAGCAUGAGAUUUUGUCUUAUGAGCACAUCUUCCAUCGUUUUUUGGAACCGGAUGUUGCUUGGGCCGAGCUGAUGCACUGUCCUCCCAUCACCACAUUACCUAAGAAUCCUUUAAACGCAACAUUGACAGCUAGUUCAUCUUCACUCUCACGACCUAAUUCGGCGCAUCAACCAUCGCCAACGUCGGAGACCAACAAUUCAGGGCAGGCAGCCGUUGCGCCUUCGACAUUGAAGCAACCGGACCCUCGAUUCAUCGAUAGUGAAGUCUUUACCCAAAAGUUUGCAAACCAGCUGUCAGGAAGCAUGGACCGUAGUCAAAAAAAGGUCGUCCGCAAACUUGGAGAGAUCGCUAGCGAUAACUCGGACUUGGGGGCUACUUUGAACGGAUUCAGCUUGAACGAGAAUAGCUACCCGCCCUUGUCAAACGCUAUUGAGCGACUUGGUCAAGCUGUUGAUUCUAGUUUCAUGGCUACUACUGAGUUGAUGCAAGCAUUGGAGGUCAAUGUAAAUGAGCCUUUGCAAGAGUAUAUACAAUACGCUAACAUCAUCAAGGGUAUACUAAAAUUCAGACACCAGAAACACAUUCAGUCCGAGAACACAGCUGAUUUGCUGGAAUCUAAGAGGAGCUCUCUGGAAAAUCUCGAGAGAAUGGAAAUUGAGGCCAAGAGAAUUGAGGACGCAUUGAAGCGUGAACGGUCUGGCACCUCAGACAACGCUUUAAAUUCAGCUCGCAGCGAUUCUUCAGUCCACCAACAGCCGCAACAACAUCAGCAAGAUAGUCAAUCCUCGACCAUUGGUGAUAAUCAUUCGAUCUCAGAUGAAGGGACAUUUACGAACGAGCCCGAGUCCAUCACUCCCGCAAGUGAACAGUCUGUAGAGAAUUCGGAACCACACAAUCCUUAUGCACGAACGAAUAAUAGCAUGGACACAACUAACCCUUAUGCUCAGCUACCUCAACCCAAUCCAUACGCCCAUACUCAUGCUCCGCACUCUACCAAUGUGAAGCGUAGAAGCACUCGUCUUAACGUGUUCAGUGCUCUCAGUCAUACCAUCCAUGGCAUUAUUGAUGUGGAUCCAGAAGCAACGAGGCGUAACAACAUUGGAAAAACUCGAGAUGCCAUCGCGCAGCUGGAGGAACAGUUGGAGACUACAAACGCAGAUUUGGACAACAUUUCACGGGCAGUACAAGGGGAUUUGGAUCGCUUUCAGCGUCAGAAAAUUAAAGACUUGCGAGAUAUCUUGCUUGAAUACGCUAAGGCACAUCAGAGGUGGUGCCAAAAGAACUUGGGAUCAUGGAGUGAGGCCAAGGAACUCGUCGAGAAUAUACCAGUCUAAAAAAGAACAUCAACAGAAGAUUGGCUCCGAC